GCCUUAGCAGCCAUGGCCGAGCGCCGCGCCUUUGCCCAGAAGAUCAGCAGAACUGUGGCUGCUGAAGUCAGGAAGCAAAUCUCUGGACAAUACAGCGGUUCUCCUCAACUGCUCAAAAACCUCAACGUUGUUGGCAAUAUAUCCCAUCAUACCACAGUGCCCCUUACCGAAGCGGUGGACCCCGUGGAUUUGGAAGAAUACCUCAUUACUCAUCCUUUAGCUGUGGAUUCUGGACCUUUAAGGGAUUUGAUUGAGUUCCCUCCAGAUGAUAUCGAAGUUGUUUAUAGUCCUAGGGACUGCAGAACCCUUGUGUCAGCUGUACCUGAAGAAAGUGAAAUGGAUCCACAUGUUCGAGAUUGUAUAAGAAGUUAUACAGAAGACUGGGCAAUUGUAAUCAGAAAGUAUCAUAAAUUGGGAACAGGAUUUAAUCCUAAUACAUUAGAUAAACAGAAAGAAAGGCAAAAAGGUUUGCCAAAACAGGUCUUUGAAUCUGAUGAAGCUCCAGAUGGCAACAGCUACCAGGAUGAGCAAGAUGAUCUUAAAAGACGUUCGAUGUCAAUAGAUGAUACUCCAAGGGGCAGCUGGGCCUGCAGUAUUUUUGACUUGAAAAAUUCGCUUCCUGAUGCUUUGCUUCCCAAUUUACUUGAUCGAACUCCCAAUGAAGAAAUAGACCGUCAGAAUGAUGACCAAAGGAAAUCGAACCGCCACAAGGAACUCUUUGCUCUGCACCCGUCACCAGAUGAGGAAGAGCCAAUAGAACGACUUAGUGUUCCUGAUGUGCCCAAAGAGCACUUUGGUCAAAGACUUCUUGUAAAAUGUUUAUCGCUCAAGUUUGAAAUUGAAAUUGAACCCAUUUUUGCAAGUUUGGCCUUAUAUGAUGUCAAGGAAAAGAAAAAGAUUUCAGAAAACUUUUAUUUUGACCUUAAUUCUGAGCAGAUGAAAGGGUUAUUACGUCCCCAUGUACCACCUGCUGCCAUUACCACCUUGGCAAGAUCAGCUAUUUUUUCUAUCACUUAUCCUUCACAAGAUGUUUUUCUUGUAAUAAAGCUGGAAAAAGUCCUACAGCAGGGUGACAUUGGAGAGUGUGCAGAGCCAUACAUGAUUUUCAAAGAAGCAGAUGCCACAAAGAAUAAGGAAAAACUGGAGAAGCUGAGAAGUCAAGCCGAUCAGUUUUGUCAAAGACUUGGGAAAUAUCGCAUGCCUUUUGCUUGGACUGCAAUCCAUUUAAUGAAUAUUGUUAGCAGUGCGGGGAGUUUGGAAAGAGAUUCUACAGAGGUGGAAAUAAGCACCGGAGAACGAAAAGGGUCUUGGUCAGAGAGGAGGAAUUCUAGUAUUGUUGGCAGACGAUCACUCGAAAGGACAACAAGUGGAGAUGACGCUUGUAACCUGACCAGCUUUCGACCUGCUACUCUCACAGUGACAAAUUUUUUUAAGCAGGAAGGAGACCGCCUAAGUGAUGAAGAUUUGUACAAAUUUCUUGCUGAUAUGAGAAGGCCAUCUUCUGUUUUACGGCGAUUAAGACCUAUUACAGCUCAGCUGAAGAUAGACAUUUCUCCUGCACCUGAAAAUCCCCAUUAUUGCCUAACUCCAGAGCUGCUUCAAGUGAAGCUUUACCCAGACAGUAGGGUUAGACCUACCAGAGAAAUUUUGGAGUUUCCUGCCAGGGAUGUCUAUGUUCCAAACACUACUUACAGAAAUCUUCUCUACAUAUACCCUCAGAGUCUCAAUUUUGCCAAUCGUCAAGGUUCUGCAAGAAAUAUUACAGUGAAAGUACAAUUCAUGUAUGGAGAGGAUCCAAGCAAUGCCAUGCCGGUAAUCUUUGGUAAAUCUAGCUGUUCAGAAUUUUCAAAGGAAGCCUAUACAGCCGUAGUAUAUCAUAACAGGUCUCCUGAUUUUCAUGAAGAAAUCAAGGUUAAACUCCCUGCUACUUUAACUGACCACCAUCAUUUGCUUUUUACUUUUUAUCAUGUUAGUUGCCAACAAAAACAAAAUACUCCUCUUGAAACUCCUGUUGGAUAUACAUGGAUACCAAUGCUUCAGAAUGGACGAUUAAAGACUGGGCAGUUUUGCCUACCAGUAUCACUGGAAAAACCACCACAGGCUUAUUCUGUACUGUCUCCUGAGGUUCCUCUACCUGGCAUGAAAUGGGUAGAUAAUCACAAAGGUGUUUUUAAUGUUGAAGUUGUUGCUGUUUCAUCUAUCCAUACACAAGAUCCUUAUCUUGACAAAUUUUUUGCUCUGGUCAAUGCUCUGGAUGAACACAUGUUCCCAGUCCGAAUUGGAGACAUGCGAAUCAUGGAAAAUAACUUAGAAAAUGAAUUGAAGAGCAGUAUUUCGGCGUUGAAUUCAUCUCAGUUGGAACCAGUGGUCCGAUUUCUUCAUCUUCUGCUUGAUAAACUGAUACUUUUAGUUGUUAGACCUCCUGUCAUUGCUGGCCAGAUAGUUAAUCUAGGUCAAGCAUCUUUUGAAGCCAUGGCAUCAAUUAUAAAUCGGCUCCACAAAAACCUGGAAGGAAAUCAUGACCAGCAUGGCAGGAACAGCCUCCUUGCCUCAUACAUCUAUUACGUUUUUCGCCUACCAAAUACUUACCCUAAUUCACCAUCACCAGGUCCUGGGGGUUUGGGAGGAUCAGUGCAUUAUGCCACAAUGGCUAGAUCUGCUGUGAGACCUGCAAGCCUUAAUUUAAAUCGUUCUCGGAGCCUUAGUAAUAGUAAUCCAGAUAUAUCUGGGACUCCCACGUCACCAGAUGAUGAAGUACGGUCAAUCAUCGGCAGUAAGGGUUUAGAUCGCUCCAAUUCCUGGGUUAACACUGGUGGUCCAAAAGCUGCCCCAUGGGGAUCCAACCCCAGUCCAAGUGCAGAAUCAACACAGGCUAUGGAUCGAAGUUGUAAUCGUAUGUCUUCGCACACAGAGACGUCAAGUUUCUUACAAACAUUAACGGGACGCUUACCAACUAAAAAGCUUUUUCAUGAGGAGCUGGCUUUGCAGUGGGUUGUUUGCAGUGGCAGCGUGCGGGAAUCAGCUUUGCAACAAGCCUGGUUCUUUUUUGAGUUAAUGGUAAAGAGCAUGGUGCAUCAUUUAUAUUUUAAUGAUAAACUUGAUGCACCAAGGAAAAGUCGUUUUCCAGAACGUUUCAUGGAUGACAUUGCUGCUCUUGUCAGCACAAUUGCUAGUGAUAUAGUUUCACGAUUUCAGAAGGACACAGAAAUGGUUGAGAGACUCAACACAAGCCUUGCAUUCUUUCUCAAUGAUCUGUUGUCUGUUAUGGAUAGAGGAUUUGUCUUUAGCCUAAUUAAGACCUGCUAUAAACAGGUAUCUUCAAAGCUUUAUUCAUUACCAAAUCCAAGUGUGCUGGUGUCUUUGAGACUGGAUUUUCUACGAAUUGUCUGCAGCCACGAGCACUACGUUACACUGAACCUGCCCUGCAGUCUGCUCACUCCCCCUGCAUCACCAUCGCCGUCUGUUUCUUCGGCAACAUCUCAGAGUUCUGGAUUUUCCACAAACGUACAAGACCAGAAGAUUGCAAAUAUGUUUGAAUUGUCUGUGCCUUUCCGCCAACAGCAUUAUUUGGCAGGACUUGUAUUAACAGAACUGGCUGUCAUUUUAGACCCUGAUGCUGAAGGACUGUUCGGAUUGCACAAGAAAGUCAUCAAUAUGGUACACAAUUUACUAUCCAGUCACGACUCAGACCCGCGGUACUCUGACCCCCAGACAAAGGCGAGGGUGGCCAUGUUGUAUCUGCCUCUGAUUGGCAUCAUCAUGGAAACUGUUCCUCAGCUUUAUGACUUUACAGAAACUCAAAAUCAACGAGGAAGACCAAUUUGUAUAGCCCCUGAUGACUAUGAAAGUGAGAGUGGAAGCAUGAUAAGCCAGACAGUUGCCAUGGCAAUUGCAGGAACAUCAGUUCCUCAACUAACGAGGCCCGGCAGUUUCCUCCUCACAUCAUCGAGCGGCAGGCAACACACUACCUUUUCAGCAGAAUCCAGUCGGAGCCUUUUGAUCUGUCUACUUUGGGUUCUCAAGAAUGCAGAUGAGACGGUUCUACAAAAGUGGUUUACAGAUCUCUCAGUCCUGCAGCUAAACCGGCUACUAGAUUUGCUUUAUCUCUGCGUAUCUUGCUUUGAGUACAAAGGAAAGAAAGUGUUUGAAAGAAUGAAUAGUUUGACCUUUAAGAAAUCAAAAGACAUGAGAGCAAAGCUUGAAGAAGCUAUUCUUGGGAGCAUAGGUGCUAGGCAAGAAAUGGUGCGCCGAAGUCGAGGACAGCUUGGUACGUACACAGUAGCUUCUCCUUCUGAGAGAAGCCCAUCUGGAAGUGCCUUUGGAAGUCAAGAAAAUCUGAGGUGGAGAAAGGAUAUGACUCACUGGCGUCAAAACACUGAGAAGCUUGACAAAUCAAGAGCAGAGAUUGAGCAUGAAGCACUGAUUGAUGGAAAUCUGGCUACUGAAGCAAACCUAAUCAUUUUGGAUACAUUAGAGAUUGUCGUCCAGACAGUUUCUGUAACAGAAUCCAAAGAGAGCAUCCUUGGUGGGGUCCUGAAAGUCCUACUACAUAGCAUGGCCUGUAACCAAAGCGCAGUUUAUCUACAACACUGCUUUGCUACACAAAGAGCCCUGGUGUCAAAGUUCCCUGAACUCUUGUUCGAAGAAGAGACCGAGCAGUGUGCGGACUUGUGCCUCCGGCUUCUCCGACACUGCAGCAGCAGCAUCAGUACGAUACGCUCACACGCCAGCGCCUCACUCUACCUCCUCAUGAGACAGAACUUUGAGAUCGGCAACAACUUCGCUAGGGUUAAAAUGCAGGUAACCAUGUCACUGUCAUCCUUGGUGGGCACAUCUCAAAAUUUCAAUGAGGAAUUCUUAAGACGUUCUCUAAAGACUAUAUUGACAUACGCUGAAGAAGAUCUGGAAUUGAGGGAAACAACAUUUCCUGAUCAGGUUCAAGAUUUGGUUUUCAAUCUCCAUAUGAUCCUUUCUGAUACCGUUAAAAUGAAGGAACACCAGGAGGAUCCUGAAAUGUUGAUUGAUCUAAUGUACAGAAUAGCCAAGGGCUACCAGACCUCUCCAGAUCUGCGACUGACCUGGUUGCAGAACAUGGCGGGCAAACACUCGGAACGCAGCAACCAUGCCGAAGCUGCCCAGUGCCUGGUCCACUCAGCAGCACUUGUCGCUGAAUAUCUAAGCAUGCUGGAGGACCGCAAAUACCUUCCUGUAGGGUGUGUAACAUUUCAGAAUAUUUCAUCUAAUGUUUUAGAAGAAUCUGCAGUCUCAGAUGAUGUGGUAUCUCCAGAUGAAGAAGGUAUCUGCUCUGGAAAGUACUUUACUGAGUCAGGACUCGUGGGAUUACUGGAACAAGCAGCUGCUUCUUUCUCUAUGGCUGGCAUGUAUGAAGCGGUAAAUGAGGUUUACAAAGUACUUAUUCCUAUUCACGAAGCUAAUCGGGAUGCAAAGAAACUAUCCACAAUUCAUGGUAAACUUCAAGAAGCAUUCAGCAAAAUUGUUCAUCAGAGUACUGGCUGGGAGCGGAUGUUUGGCACCUAUUUUCGUGUUGGUUUUUAUGGAACCAAGUUCGGGGAUUUGGAUGAACAGGAAUUUGUUUACAAGGAGCCUGCAAUAACCAAACUUGCAGAGAUCUCUCACAGAUUGGAGGGAUUUUAUGGAGAAAGAUUUGGAGAGGAUGUCUUGGAAGUAAUCAAGGACUCUAACCCUGUAGACAAGUGUAAAUUAGACCCUAAUAAGGCAUACAUUCAGAUUACCUAUGUGGAGCCGUACUUUGACACGUAUGAGAUGAAGGACAGAAUCACCUAUUUUGACAAGAACUAUAAUCUUCGCCGUUUCAUGUACUGUACGCCCUUCACUUUAGACGGCCGUGCCCAUGGGGAACUUCAUGAACAGUUUAAACGGAAGACCAUUCUGACUACUUCUCAUGCCUUUCCUUAUAUUAAGACAAGGGUCAAUGUCACCCACAAAGAGGAGAUCAUCUUAACUCCAAUUGAAGUUGCCAUUGAGGACAUGCAGAAAAAGACCCAGGAGUUGGCAUUUGCAACACAUCAAGAUCCAGCGGAUCCCAAAAUGCUUCAGAUGGUGCUUCAGGGGUCUGUAGGCACAACGGUGAAUCAGGGGCCUUUGGAAGUUGCCCAGGUUUUUCUGUCUGAAAUACCCAGUGACCCAAAGCUCUUCAGACAUCAUAAUAAACUACGACUGUGCUUCAAAGACUUUACUAAAAGGUGUGAGGAUGCCUUAAGAAAAAAUAAGAGCCUAAUUGGGCCUGAUCAAAAGGAGUAUCAAAGGGAACUGGAGAGAAACUAUCAUCGCCUUAAAGAGGCCUUACAGCCUCUGAUAAACAGAAAGAUCCCUCAGUUAUACAAGGCAGUAUUACCUGUCACCUGCCACAGAGAUUCCUUCAGUCGGAUGAGCCUGCGCAAAAUGGAUCUUUAAAAUAAAUGUACUUGUCUUACUCAUUUGAAGAGAGCCAUGUAUUCAGCACUGAGUGUGAAAAGAUUUAUUGAAAAACAGGACUUGGGGCUAAAUUCUGGAAAUUCUAGCAUUAAUUUACUACUCAUUGAAGAAUGCGGUGGCCAAAACAGUAUCAAAUGUAGAUCACUGAAGUUUGAGAAUCAUGGCCAUGGUUUCUCAUGUUCUGGUAAUAUGCUGUUAUCUUUUUUUAAGACUCAAAAGUAAUGACUCACUAUACAUUUACUAUUAUUUAUACCAUAGCUAAUGUUAAAUUUA